AUGGGAAAGAUGUCCAGAGGAGGACAGACUCGGAGACAUGCUUCAGGAAUUCAGGCCACAGCUGCAGUCAUUCCUGGAGAGCCCAGAUCUGUAGGACCAGCUGAGGUUUGUGGGCAGAGCCUCAGAUCUUGCACUGGCAGCACACGGGGACACAGCAGCUGGACUGGGAACAGCAGGGUUUGCAGCAGCUGGACUGGCAGCAGGAUGACCCACAGCCUGAGGAGCAGCAGCAGGGCUUGCAGCAGCUGGACUGGGAACAGCAGGGCUUGCAGCAGCUGGACUGGGAGCAGCUACAGGAGCCACAGCCCCCCUUGGAGCCCCUACAGGAGCCACAGCCCCCCUUGGAGCCCCCACAGGAGCCACAGCCUCCCUUGGAGCCCCCACAGGAGCCACAGCCCCCCUUGGAGCCCCCGCAGGAGCCACAGCUGGAGCAGGAACAGGCUGGCACACAGCAGCACACGGGCUUGCAGCAGCAGACAGGCACACAGCAGCUGGAGCCACAGCCCCCACAGCCGGAGCCACAGCCCCUACAGCCAGAGCCACAGCCUCCACAGCCGGAGCCACAGCCCCCACAGCCGGAGCCACAGCCCCCACAGCCGGAGCCACAGCCCCCACAGCCGGAGCCACAGCCCCCACAACUGGAGCCACAGCCUCCAGAGCAGCCACAGCAGCCCAUGGUUCUGGUGGAUUGAGGGUGGAGCAGGUAGAGGAGCAGGUGAGAGGAGGUGGCAGGUGCAGGUGUGGAGCUCCCUGAGCCCCGGCUCUUUAUAUUCCUGCCCAGGUGUUUGUACUGAUCACAUGAAUACGUCUGUUGUUGUUUCUGCUGUUUCACAGGCACAAGUGUUGUUUAUAAUCUCUUCACCGUCCUAUGAGCCGCCAUCAGCUCAAGCCAAGCUCUACUUUCCUUGGUUUCUAAAUUUAGCCUCUUCCUCAUAGGCGUUUCCCUUUGUUAGAAGACAUUGGGCUCCCUCUCCGGCGGGUGUCCCAGGAGCCCGGGAGGCGGUGGUGGCUUGGCUGGCAGGUGGACCAUUGUCCUUGGUGCUCAGGGCUCUCCUCACUGAUGCAGACCCUCCACCCUCUGGCAUUGGUGUUUAUGUCAAUGGUGG